CCCAGCCGCCGGCUCCCCCACCGCAGCUCUAUGGUCUCUCCCUAGAGCUUUGCCGUUGGGGGCAGCUGCUGCGGUCCUGUGGCUUCGUCCGCCCGGUGCAGCAGCAACAUGGAGGAAUUCGAUUCUGAAGACUUCUCCACCUCAGAGGAGGACGAAGACUACGUGCCGUCGGGGAGCCCUUUUCAUGAUGAGUCAUAUCAAGGGAUAUAAUCUGGACCCUGAAUAGAUGCCCAUUGCUACCAGAGUGACAUUGUUUCUGUGCCAUUUCAGUGAACAGAGUGGAGAGUAUAGUGAAGAUGAUGUAAAUGAAUUAGUGAAGGAAGAUGAAGUGGAUGGUGAAGAGCAGACACAGAAAACCAAAGGGAAAAAAAGAAAGGCUCAGAGCAUUCCAUCCAGGAAGAGGAAACAAGGUGGCCUCUCAUUAGAAGAGGACGAGGAGGACGCCAACCAGGACUCCGAGGGAAGUAGCAGUGAGGACGGAGAUGCAGCUGCGGAGCAGGAAAAGGACAUUGGCUCAGAUGACGCGAGGAGGAAGAAGGAGGAUGAGCUCUGGGCCAGCUUCCUCAACGAUGUAGGACCAAAGCCAAAAGUGCCCCCAAAUACACAAGUUAAAAGUGGAGGGAAGACUGAAGGGACGGGUUCAAGUAAAUUGUUGGUCAGAGCAGAAGAGCUGGAGAAACCUAAAGAAACUGAAAAAGUUAAAAUCACCAAGGUGUUUGAUUUUGCUGGUGAAGAAGUCAGGGUGACUAAGGAAGUGGAUGCAACAUCUAAAGAAGCCAAAUCUUUCUUCAAGCAAAACGAGAAAGAAAAGCCACAGGCGGCUGGCCCCGCAGCUGUGCCGCCACUCCCUGCGGGUUCUGGGUUAAAAAGAUCAAGUGGCAUGACCAGCCUUUUGGGGAAAAUUGGAGCUAAGAAGCAGAAGAUGAGCACCCUAGAGAAGUCCAAGUUGGACUGGGAGAGCUUCAAGGAGGAGGAGGGCAUUGGUGAAGAACUAGCCAUCCAUAAUCGAGGGAAGGAAGGGUACAUCGAACGGAAGGCUUUUCUAGACCGAGUGGACCACAGGCAGUUUGAAAUUGAGCGAGAUCUCAGGCUGAGCAAAAUGAAACCCUGAUGUUAUAGGGGGAAAUCAGUAGCAGCUUAAUCCUGUUUACAAUGUGAGCUUCUUGUGCGUCUGUGAAAUGUUUCCGGUGUUUCUCAUCACCUGUUUCCCAGCAAGGUCUUUUUUCUACGUUGAACUUUCUGUCUUUGUAUCUUGACCUCACAUGGUUUCACUCAUUUUACUUUUAAAAGUUUGUCCUUACAAAAAUAAAAAUGAAAGUUGGUCCUACAA